CCUGGGCAGCUACGCGGCGCUCCACGGGGAAUUCUACUGCAAGCCCCACUUCCAGCAGCUCUUCAAGAGUACAGGCAACUACGACGAGGGCUUCGGGCGCAAGCAGCACAAGGAGCUGUGGGUGCACAAGGAAGUGGAGAGCGGGGGGACCAAGACGGCGUGA